CACCAACAUGUCCCACAAACCUAAGACCCCCUCGAGACACCGCUCGCGCUCUGAGGCGAAAACGCCGCUAACACCGUCGCUCACGGCUGGGUUGAAUUCCUUGUCACUGGCUAUUCCUACACAGGUCUCGCCUAGUAAGCCAAGAGCUGAUGCCUCGUUCAACCCAUUCUUGUCUAGUCGGCCAGGAUCUCCUACGAGGCGCGCGACGAGUCGUCCAGCGUCCCCCAUAAAGCGUGCCACCAGUGGGGCCAUUCAAGUAUCAGAAAGCCUCCAAAGGCAAGCAAGUUUGGGGGUCAUUCGCAAGGGUGGCGUUGAGAGUAGGCUGGAUGUGAUCACACGCGAUUAUGUUCCUCCUCCCAAGUCGGAGAAAAAGCGAUCAAAGUCGCAGCCAACUAGGGACACCCGCGACAGAUUCAUCACGACGCGGGACACGACAGACGAGGUGACGGCAACGCUGGACAUGAUGUCACUCAAUCCACAGUCUUCAUCUCCGGGGCAUACUUCCCGUCUUGCCGCGGCUGCCGGCGUGCCCCUCAAUCGACGUGUGCUCGCCUACCAUGAACCCCCUCCAGCGUCGUCCUCAGAUCCCCUUCUCGCGCAGGCGCGCGAGCUCGUGCGUCCACUGUACGCGCGUCCCGGUGCGCUGGCCACAUCGACAUCGACUACGACCAGCAAGGGCCGCAAGAUUGCAACACAGCCCGAGCGCGUGCUUGAUGCACCCGGCAUGGUGGACGACUAUUAUCUGAACCUUGUUGCAUGGAGCUCGCUCAACACGCUUGCUGUCGCGCUCGCAGAGAGCACCUACCUCUGGCGUGCUGACACUGGUGAAGUCACGCAAAUGGGGGAAGCGCCAGAAGGCACGUAUGUCGCGUCGGUGGAUUUCUCCAAUGAUGGUCAAUUCUUGGGCGUUGGCCUCGGCAUGGGUGCCGUCGAGCUGUGGGACAUCGAGACGCAGACGAAAUUGCGCACUAUGGGCGGACACUCCACGCAAGUGGCGUGCCUUUCAUGGCAUCAGCAUCUCCUGACAUCCGGGUGCGGUGAUGGGAGCAUCUGGCAUCACGAUGUGCGGGUGGCACGGCACAAAGUCGGCGAAUUGGUUGGGCACCAGGGCGAAGUGUGUGGGCUCAAGUGGCGGAGCGACGGCGAACUGCUUGCGAGUGGUGGUAAUGAUAACGUCGUCAAUGUGUGGGACGGCCGGGUGGGCGACGUUACACCUGGCUCGCGAUCCGCUGCUCGGUGGACGAAGCGUAAUCAUGUGGCGGCAGUUAAGGCUAUCGCGUGGUGCCCCUGGCAGCCGGCGCUGCUCGCAUCAGGAGGAGGCACGUCAGACGCAACAGUGCAUAUCUGGAACACGACGACAGGCGCGCGACUGCACUCGCUGACGACGCCGUCGCAGGUUACGUCGAUCCAGUGGUCGCCGCACAAGAAAGAAUUUUUGACAACGCACGGGUAUCCGACAAACUCACUCAUGAUCCAUGCAUACCCAUCAAUGGAGCGUGUCGUGGAAAUUCGCGAUGCUCAUGACUCUCGAGUACUGUGGAGUGCACUCGGUCCUGGCGGGGAUCUCGUUUGCACCGGGGCGGGUGACGAGAACCUCAAGUUCUGGCGUGUGUGGGAGAUGCCAAAGCCGAAGAAGGGGAAGGACGCUAAGGAGGGGAGUAGAAUGGGCACGGGCAGCACCAGCAGCGGCAUCCUGAGCAUUCGUUGAGCCUGAUGAUGAUUUUUACGACUCGGAACGACAAUUUUUCGUAAGGUUCAUGAACGCCGUCGCAUGUUUCUUGCUUCGCUUUGCAACUAUGUUUGGUUAUGAUCU